AAGAAAUUACAAAAAUUUAUAAUAAUUAUACCAAAUAAUAAAAAAAAAAUAAAUAAAAAUUUACAUCAAAAAUUCUAAGGGAAGACAGUGAGAAAACAUAAAAAAAAAUUAUAUAUACAAAAAAACUUCCUAUGGUGGAUCUCUAUGAAAAUUAUCUUAAAACAAAAUAACAAAAGUUUACUGCAAAUCUUAAAACUACAAAAAUUAAGUUGAGCAACAAUAUUUUAUGAAAAAAAUAAAGUUCUAGUGUAUUGUACACUGUAAAAAAAAAUUAUAAAUUUUUUUUUUCAAAGAAAAAUCAUAAAAAGUCAAAAAAAUAAAUGGGUGUAACAGAAUAAAAAAAUCUAUAUAUGAAACAAAAUCUAUAUAAAAAAAUUAAUAAUCAUAUCUUGUGGAGAAAAAAACCCUAAAAACACUUAGAGGAAUACUAUUUUGCAAUAUCCCUUAUAUGCUGUUUUAAGUGAAGUGAAUGGGAAUAACUUUAAUCAGCGCCUACAGGAAUAUACACUCAAUAUCAAAACUUAUGGUAACCAUUCACCACAAUUAAACACAUAACAAUUUUGAGUAAACAAAAAUUUCAAUUUGAAUAAUUAAAGAAAAAAUAUUUCUAAACAACGUCACAGCGAACAACAACAAAGCAAAGAAAAAUUGUUUUAAAUUUACAACAACAAAACCUAGGUCAAUAUUGUUUAGAGUGACACAAGUUAGUGACGACGGGCCGACAAUACGGAACACAAAGCAAAGCUAAACAUACAAACAAACAUACAUACUGACUCAUAUAUAUACUAGAGAUGUGAAGAAAGCUCGCCAAUGGCAACAAGGGAAAAUCACACAAACACUUGAAACCAAAAAAAAAAAAAACAACAACAACAAAAAACACAAAGCAAAAACCAACGUCGUCAUAAUAUAUGAAACAAGGCAGAGUAACAGCAAUUGUACCAGUGCUAUAUAUCUAAUAAGAACUCAAUCAAGCUAAACGCGAUCUCCCAAAAAAGAAAACACACACAUAGACAACCACCAAAUAAAUCCAAAGCCGAAUUAAACAUCGUAUUAGCUGGCAAAAGCCAAAAAAAAAACAAAAUAAUUUGAAAUAUUUCAACAAAAUAAAAAUCAAAUAUAAAUAAAAUAACCACACCACAAGUUAAGAGAGGCAACCUCAACGCAAGGGGUCCUCUUGUCCGUCCAACGUAAAGCCAACAAAUUAAUCACAAUUGAAAGCCAACAAAGUAUAACAUUGUGCUCUUGUAUUGGCAACCCCAUAAGCACCCAUACAUUAACAUCACGUGUAGCUUAAAUUGUAGCAAGUGCAAGUGCUGCCCACUGCUCACCAACCCCUUUGGUGCUAAGAGCUUUAAACCUUCAAAACAAAAACAAAACAAACGCCGAGUAACAUCAUUGUGGUAUAGAGGAGAGAUAUAACAAGCCGAUGUGCAAGGGGGUUCGUUCUAAGGCACACAUACGUACACACCCACAAUAACCGCACAUCACACUGGGCAUCAUCAAAUUCUAAGAAUUUUAGCGAUCGCCAUUAAACAACAACACCGCUGGUUUUUAGAGAGCCUAGUAAACGUAUGCUCUGCUUCUUACUCUCUCGGUCUCUCUCAUUUACUUCUAAUGCUCAUUUCUAUAGAAUUUGCUGCUUUCUUUACGGUUAUCAAGAUAUAGAUAAUUUGUUAUAUUUUUGUGCAAAACAAAACCAAAACCAAAAACAACAAACAAACGCGAAUUAUUUUCCUUGCAAAUAUUCUAUAACAUAUUCAGUGAGAGUAAAAUAGCACUAGCCUCGAGACGAUCUUUUAGUGAUUUGUCGCAAAUAGAGGGAAAAAAACAAAGGAAACCAAAGGGAAAAUUAAAUCUCCUCGAAUAUCAAGAGGAAUUUGAAACCAGCAAGUGUUUUGCUGAAAAAAGAAUUUGUUUCAAAUUACAAAUUUUAUGAAAUAAUAACCAAACAUAAUUCAGAAAAGACCCACAUUUUGGAAAAAGAAAAAUAAACCGAUUUAUAAAAACAUUCAUCAUCAACGAGGUCCAAGAUAAGACUUCUGGUCUACACAAUAAAAGGGUAGAACCCUUGUUUUUGGAUUAUUCACCAUUAACCUUGCAAAUAUUUCACAAUUUAUGAUUCACAAAAUAACACCAUGGUUUAUUACCAAUCCACCCCACUGAUUAUAAAAUCGGAACAACCUAGUCAAGCGGAGCUAUGUGGUCCUUUACGCACCACAACCACCACCACCACCCUAGAUCAUCUUCCGCUGCACUUGCAGCAGCAGCAGCAACAUCAUCAACAACAACUUCAACACCAGCAAUCCAUCGGCACAUAUUCCUUGAACAAUGUGUCUCUGAAUGUGCAACAAAUUUCACAAAAUAAUGCCAAUUCAAGUAUUAGUCACAUCCAGCAGCUUCAACAUGAACACCUGCAGCAACAGCAACAGCACCAGCAACAACAUCAUCAAUACUUAACCAACAUUAAAACCGAAUUAUUACCAUCGGGUAUUACUUUGUAUGCAACCACCUCUCAACCUGCUUCCCUAAACACAACAACAACAAAUCAAAAUGUUACCAUUAGCAGUACCAGCGGCAAUACAUCCCAUACGGUCCCAUUGCCCACCUCUACAACACCUGGAGCGGUGGGACGUAAGGCAAAUCCUAAUAAGCCACAAUUUAAAUGUGAACAAUGUGGCAUGACUUUUGGCAGCAAAUCGGCACAUACCUCGCAUACCAAAUCGCAUGUCAAAAAUGGGGACUUGAGUCUAAUGAGUGGUAAUGGAUCGGUGAACACCGCUCUAAAUGUUGGCUAUGAGGUGAAUGCAGAUGGUUUGCCAUUGGGCAUACCCAAGACGCCACAGAUUAAGCCCAAUGCCAAUGCAGCCUCGAAUGGAGGUGAUCCAUAUCAGUGUAAUGUCUGCCAGAAGACAUUUGCUGUACCUGCAAGACUGAUUCGCCAUUAUCGCACUCACACCGGCGAAAGACCCUUCGAAUGUGAAUUCUGUCACAAACUCUUUAGCGUCAAGGAAAAUCUACAGGUUCAUAGGCGCAUACACACCAAGGAGCGCCCCUACAAAUGCGAAGUGUGCGGUCGCGCCUUUGAGCAUUCGGGAAAAUUGCAUCGCCACAUGCGCAUUCAUACCGGUGAAAGGCCGCAUAAAUGUUCGGUGUGCGACAAAACCUUCAUACAAUCCGGCCAACUGGUUAUCCACAUGCGUACGCAUACCGGCGAGAAACCCUACAAAUGCCCCGUUGAAGGUUGUGGCAAGGGUUUUACCUGUUCCAAGCAACUGAAGGUCCAUUCACGCACCCAUACGGGUGAGAAACCCUAUCAUUGCGACAUCUGCUUCCGAGAUUUUGGCUAUAAUCAUGUGCUGAAAUUGCAUCGCGUUCAGCAUUAUGGGUCCAAGUGUUACAAAUGCACCAUUUGUGAUGAGACCUUUAAGAGCAAAAAGGAAAUGGAGGCCCACAUUAAGGGUCAUGCCAAUGAAAUACCUGAUGAGGAAGAGGAAGCAGCUGCUGCUGCAGCUGCCAAUAGUGUUACCAGCAAUAAUGGCAAUGCCAAUAAUUCUCCUUCGUCUGUUUCCACCUCAUCGGGAGUAGAGACCAUCUCUGGGCCUAGUUCUCCACAAUCACCUUCGUCCAGCAUAGGCACUAUAGCCUCUUCCACCACGGCGACCGCCACCACAAAGCAACGCAAGCCCAGACAAGAAAAACCGCGUUCCAUAAGCACCUCGGGACCUCUCAGCCCGGGUUCACCCGGCUCUCCCACUUCCUCAAUGUCGCCUAGCUCUUCGUAUGCCUCAGCUUCUAGGCUAUCGGCCGGUUCACCCACAUCCUCGGUGGCCUCACCCACCAUGUCCUUGGGCAUGGAGACCGAUCAUCAUAGUCGCGAUAGUGGUGUGGCCAGCGGUUCCACACCCACCUCCAGUGCCACACGCCAACUGGCAGCAGCCACCUUAAUGGAUAUGAGCAAUCAAGCAAAUUUCCCCUUGGCCGAUGAAAUGCCCACAGAUUUGAGUGUUGGCCAACAGCAACAACAUCAUCACAGUCAGCACAAUCAGCACAAUCAGCCGAAUCACCUGGAACAACAGCAUGUCAACUAUCAUUACCAAAGUUCUUCUCCUCCUACGUCUCAAACGCCAACGCAUUAUCAUUAUGUGCAAACAACGCAUAAUUCUGCAUCUACUCCUUUGGAUCUGCAUCAGCAUUCGAUAGCCGGACACUUUGAACAGCCCACCAUUAAUCCUGCUCUCUUAGAGGCUGCCACCAUAGCCAGCCGUGGUGAAGAUGAUGUUCAACAAGCUGCCAUACAAAUCAUGCAACUACAUCGUUCUCAACAGAAAUCGAAUAGCCUUGCCAGCAACAGCAGCAAUGGUCAAGCUUCUUUAUACCCAGAAGUGCAACGUCAUGGAUCCCAGGACAUACAUCAAAAUAUGAUAAUCGAUCAAUUUGGAGAGGUGCAAGAGGCAAAUGAAAUUAUCGAACGCUAUAAGAGAAAUGAAUUGACGAGACAGGGUCUGACGACCAAGGGUUAUGCCCCAGUGCCGAAAUUCGAAUCCUCCUUCCAAAACAAUGAAAUAAUCCUGCGUCAAGUUGAGGCUGCCAUAGCACCGCUACGCUCAUCUGCCGAAUCUCCAGAGAGAUCAUCGUCACCCGAAAGCGAUAUGCUAAUGGCUGAUCGCGAUGUCAUGACUUUGCCUUUAAGAAAACGCAAACUCUAUAUGAGCGAUUGUGCCGAAGCGGGAGAAAUGGAAGUAAAUGGUGGCAACAUUGCCAAAGAGGAAGGCCAGAAAGUAAUGCGUCACAGUUCGGUAAUACAAUUUGCCAAGGCCUCAUAGGAAGAGACACAACAAGGCUGCACUAAUGUAGAACAACAAUGGCAAAAGGAUUUGUGACAAUUAAGGGACGAAGUCGAGCAUAAAACUAAAACAAACAAAAAACAAGAAACUAUAACUAAAGAAGACUGCUGCAUAAAUGAAAAAAACAAAAAACCCAACAAAAAAUCAUCCUAAAAAUUUCAUAAAAUUUUAAGAAAAAAAAAAUGGUAGUUCCUCUUAAGGAACAGAACAGAAUCAUAGAAGAGGGAAAAAUUUUCAAAGGUAGUUAAAAUUUUUGAAUUUUUCUUAUAAAAUUUUAUUGAAAAAAAGAAACUUGAAAGCAAAGUGUUAAAAUGUUUCCAAAAAAGAAAAGCUUCAUGGGUCUAUGAAGAACUCUGCACUUUGGCUUUUGAAUUUAUAUUUUUCAAAUAUUUAUUUUUAGUUUUUAAAAUUUUUAAAUGUAAUUUUUAAAUUUGUUUAUGUUAUUAUGUAUACAAAAAAUUUUUCUUUUUUAAUAUAAGUUUGUUUAAAAUUUAUGUUUUUUGGAAAAACUUUAAAGAUGUAAUCAAAAUAAAACUUUUUUAUAUAAAAAAAUAUUUUUUUUAAGUCAAGAAAAAAAUUGUUUUUCUAAGUAUAAAACUUUUUAGAUUUAUUUUUUUUUUGAGUUAAAAAACAACUAUUAAAAUUCUUUAUUAAAAAAUAAUUAUAUAAUUUAUUUUGCUAUGCCAAAAGUAUUAUUUUCAUUAAAUAUAUAAUAAAAAAAAACAAUUUUUUUUGUGUAGUACCACCUUGAGUUGGAAAAAAACAAUUUUUCUUUACUUUACUUUCCCUUAGGAGAAAAAUACUUAAAGUAAAAUAAUUUUUUAAACUUUUUUGUUUUUCAAAAAUUAAAAAUUGUAAUAACAAUUUUUUAUUAUAUAUUUUUUGUUUAAAAAUAAUUUGUAUAAUCAUUAGACAUUUCAUUUAAGUGCAUUAUGUAGAAAUUAUUGUAGAACUAAAUAAUUUCGUUUGUUAGCAUAUCUAUAAUAAUUUUUAAUAUUUUUAAAAGUAGUUUUAAAUUAAAAAAAAAAAAAUUCUUGCGUUGUUUUUUUUUCUAAUUUUGUGUUUUAUAUAAUUUGUAUUAAAAAAUCAUCAUCACUACUUUGCUAAACUAUUAUUGACACUAUAAUAUGUUUUCAUUAUUAAACUAUAAUUAAUUACUAAAGAAACAACAACAAAAACACAAGAACUUUUAACUUUGCUAGUUAGUUAGUUACUUAGUUAUUAACCAUUAGUUUAAAUCACUAAUUAUUAUAAUUCUAUUCAAUAUAUAUACACAUACAGCAUCAAGCAAACAAACCUCAAACAUAAGAAAAAACAAACAAACAAACAUUCAAUUAUAAGAAAGAAAAAUAUAAUAUUUAUAUUCAAAUAAUUUGAAAGAAAUUUUUAAAAACAGAAAAAAAAUAAUUUUUGUUU